ACUAAAAGUUUUCUGUUGCCAACCAGGCCUAAAGUUCUGAGUUUCCCCACUCAAAUACCAAAACCAGCAUAUCAAGCAAUCCCAAUAACAAAUACUCUUUGCUCUGAGCUUUUGAGAGUGAUCCAUAAGCAAUCCCAAGAACAAGUAAUGUUUACUCUAAGCUUUUUGAGAGUGAUCUAUAAAAACCCAUUAAACACACCACUGUCAGAUUCAAAAGCUACAGUUCAUCAAACCCUACCUUUGUCUCUAACCUGCCAUGAAUUUUCCUUCAUGGACUUAAUAAAUUAAUGAUAAGAGAAGACACUCGCCAUUCCCCUCUGGAUUUGCCCAUAGCUAUCUGCAAAUUCAUUAAAUUGUGCUUCUAAUCAUCUGUAUCAUCUCAAGAACAACCAUGGAACUCCCUUGGAAGAAGCUUUGGGAUAAAUGGGAUCUCCGAUCCUUCAUUAUCUUAAGCCUUUCACUGCAAACCUUCUUAACUCUUUUUGGCCCCUUGAGAAAGCGAAUGUCAAGCAAUUGGAUAAUCAUAUCCCUCUGGUCGGCAUACUUGCUUGCAGACUGGGCUGCUAACGUUGCUGUUGGGCUCAUCUCCAACGGUAAUAACACCACCACUUCUGGUGCAGUCAGCAAUGGAGACCUUGAGGCAUUUUGGGCUACCUUUUUUCUGGUACACCUUGGUGGCCCUGAUACCAUAACUGCUUUUGCUCUCGAGGACAAUGAGCUAUGGCUCAGGCACUUGCUUGCACUCGCAGUCCAGUGUUUAGCUGCUCUUUAUGUCUUCUUUCAGACAUUACCCGGUAACAAGAUAUGGAUCCCAACAAUGCUCGUGUUUGUGGCAGGAAUUAUCAAAUACUCUGAGCGGACACGUUCUCUGUAUCUUGCAAGCUUUGGUAAUUUACGGGAGUCCAUGCGACGUGUUCCUCCUGUCUACCACUGGGUCGUAAAAGAGUCCCAUACUGGCAUGGCUCCUGUGGUCUGGAAAAAUCAAGAAGGCGCUGAAGAUGCACGUGUUUUGACGGAGUUACUGGUGAUGCAGUUUGCUAAUUUCUUUUUUGGUAGUUUGAAGGAGUUGAUUGUUAAUUCCAUUGUAACCUUCGAGCUGGAUGAUGGCGAAUACUUUUUCAGUACAAUUUUGGCAGGAGAUGCUUUUGGAAUUAUAGAGCUUGAACUGAAUCUCAUGUAUGAAAUUCUCUACACCAAGAUGAGUGUUGUGCAUUGUAAAUUAGGCUACAUUUGCAGGUCUGUUUGCUUCAGUUCGGUUGUGGUAGCCCUUGCACUCUUCCUUUCGGAGGAGAAGCAGGGAUUCGAUGGGUUUGAUGUUGGGAUUACCUAUGUCUUGCUUCUUGGUGCCAUUGUCCUCGAUAUAAUUGCUAUCGUCAUGCUGUUUUUCUCUAAUUCCACCAUUAUUACCCUCAUGAGCAUACGGUCCAAUAGAACUUGGGUUGAAAAUUGGGUUAAAAAAAUGCUCAACUUCUUAUUAGCUGUCAAGAGGAGGAGGAGGAUUGCCGAUGCAGCAAAGCCUCCUCGUCCUUGCUGUAUGCUGAUGCGGCUUAUUGGGCAAUUCUUGCACCGUGGGUGGUCCGAGUCUGUCUCGCAAUUCAACUUGAUAAAUAAUUGCAUACAUAAACCUUCAACAUGGAUGCAAACACUUAUUGAUAAUUUCCAUCUUACCAACGUUUUCGAUAGGCUCAAGUACGUGAAAAGGGUAUCAUUCACGAGAGAGUUAAGAGACUUCAUCUUCAAGGAGCUGCGAACUAAAGCUAGUACAUGGAGAAAUGUAGCAAGUGCCAAGGAGAUCUAUUCAGGCAGAGGGGAAGGGGUUCUUCGUGAGAGAGGUCACCACAAUCUACUUCCUUCUGUUGAAGAAGUCGAAUAUGAUAGAAGCCUUCUAUUGUGGCACAUUGCAACUGAACUCUGCUACAGUGACAGUAAAAGCAAUGCUGCUGCUGGUACAGGGGACGACGACGACAUUGACGACGACGACAUUGGCAAGUAUCGUAAUUUUUCGAAGCUCCUGUCAGAUUACAUGUUAUAUCUUCUAGUUAUAGAGCAACAAAUGAUGGCUGCAGUGGCAGGUGAUGGGUAUAUAAGAUUCAUGCAUACAUGUUCGGAGACCAAGCAUAUCUUUCAAAGAAGGAAAUCACAAGUGCAACAGGAACGUCCGAGUAUCUUUGCUGUUAAUAAUUUUUUCUGCAGACAGAAAUCAGAAGAGGACGAACAGAUAAGAGCCUGCAACACUAUCCUGUCUAUUGAUACCAAAUUUAAUUUCGAGGAAUAUAUUUACGUGAAAUCCGUGCUGUUUGAUGCCUGCCGGUUGGCCAAAGUGCUGAAAAAGUUGGGCGAGAAAGAUAAAUGGGAAACAAUAAGCAGUGUUUGGGUAGAAUUACUGUGUUAUGCUGCAAGUCGCUGCGGUGAAUAUACUCAUGCCCAUCAACUGAAUAAAGGUGGAGAGCUCAUUACUUUGGUUUGGUUAUUGAUGGUCCAUAUGGGCUUGUGCGGUCGAUAUCAAGAUUUGGGAUCAUUCCAGCCUCUCAAUUUCAACCCCGGUGAGGAACAAGUGGAAGCCACACCCUAUGAAAUAUCGAUGAUUAAGUAAUAAUCCAUUGAAGAUGUCUUUUGCUACUGUAGACCCUUUUUAACAAUUUAAUCAUAUAAUAAUACUUUUUUUUUUUUUAGAUAGUAGGGGUCUGAUACCACCACUAAUCAUAUAAUAAUACUUUCCAUUAAAAAUAUCACAUACAACAUAGCAUUCUCUUCUUACAAUCUAAAUUUAA